UGCACGUACGUACGUGUGCAGCACAGGCAUUUGAAGAAGAAAAAAAAAAACAGAGAAACAGUCGUUUUCACUUUCAGAACGUUAAAUAGACCUACCACCACCGGUAAAUAUGUCAAUCUUAAGAACUUCAAUGAAUUUGAGCUGCGGACUCAACCGACUAGGUGCUGGUGCCUGCAGGUUGAACACGGUCAUGACAGUUCCAGUACGGAGUAUCAAGGUCGGCCCUAAAGGAACGUAUGUAGCCAAGCUGAUUCCUACAAUGGUCAAGUUGGAGGCAGGCAAGAAAUAUUCCUGGUGCAAAUGUGGACUCAGCAAGAAACAGCCAUUCUGUGAUGGAGCCCACAAACCUACCGAGUUUAAGCCGGUUCGCUUUGAGGUGGAGAAGAGCAAAUCUUACUUGAUGUGUCGAUGCAAGCAAACAGGCAAUCAGCCCUUCUGCGACUUGACUCACGUCAAGGUUAUGGUUCAAGCAUUUACGGGUCAGUUGAAGGACAAACCAUUAUCAUAGAAAUGGGAUUUCAUAGACGUCUCAAAGACUCCAAGACUCCAAGGUGAUGCGCUAGUGCCUUUUGGUAAGGCAUUAAUCCUCCUUACCAAGUCCCUCAGAGAGGACUUUAAGCAGUCUGUCUCCUGAUUGCUUAGCAAUCAGGUAAAAUCAAAUGAACAAAAACAAACUGUAUCUUGAUAUCAAGAGGAAUGAUUCAGAACAUCUCUAUUGUAGUACAUCAUUUGAAAUAAUAAAUCAAGUACUCGCAAAGAAGUCAUUGGAAAUGAUAUUGGAAUACAUGUGAACUAAAUACGUUUAGAGAAUGCGGUUUGUAGCCUUUUAUGAUGAUUAAUUACUACUUGUACUACGCAAGAGUUUUGAAAUGAUGUCCUUUUCACGUUUAUUUUGUUUUGUUUUUAUUUUAUAAAUAUAAAAUUAUAAUUUCAACUCGGCUCUGUUUCACAUUAAAUGUAUAGAGCAGUUUUGUAAAUGCCCCCCUCUCAAAAAA